UUGUUAAACUCACAACCAUCCUUAAACUCACAACCAUCAAUAAAUUCACAACCAUCGUUAAACUCACAACCAUCGUUAAACUCACAACCAUUUUAAACUCAACCAUCCUCAAACUCACAACCAUUGUUAAACUCACAACCAUCGUUAAACUCACAACCAUCCUUAAACUCACAACCAUCAAUAAAUUCACAACCAUCGUUAAACUCACAACCAUCGUUAAACUCACAACCAUCGUUAAACUCACAACCAUCGUUAAACUCACAACCAUCGUUAAACUCACAACCAUCAUUAAACUCACAACCAUCGUUAAACUCACAACCAUCAUCAAACUCACAACCAUCGUUAAACUCACAACCAUCAUCAAACUCACAACCAUCAUUAAACUCACAACCAUCGUUAAACUCACGAGCAUCGUUAAACUCACAACCAUCGUUAAACUCACAACCAUCAUCAAACUCACAACCAUCAUUAAGCUCUCAACCAUCGUAUUUAGUAGAGUUGGUUGCCGUGCAUUUCGUACAGUUUUACGCCGUUCAUUUAGAUGCCGUGCCCUCAGAAGAGGUAGAUGCCGUGCCCUCAGAAGAGGUAGACGCCGUGCCCUCAGUAGAGGUAGACGGCGUGCCCUCAGUAGAGGUAGACGCCGUGCCCUCAGUAAAGGUAGACGCCGUGCCCUCAGUACAGGUAGACGUCGUGCCCUCAGUAGAGGUAAACGCCGUGCCCUCAGUAGCGGUAGACGGCGUGCCCUCAGUAGAGGUAGACGUCGUGCCCUCAGUAAAGGUAGACGCCGUGCCCUCAGUAAAGGUAGACGCCGUGCCCUCAGUACAGGUAGACGACGUGCCCUCAGUAAAGGUAGACGCCGUGCCCUCAGUAAAGGUAGACGGCGUGCCCUCAGUAAAGUAG